GCUGAUUCACUACAACCUUUCUUCUUUCAGGAAGGUCCUACUCUUUACAACUCAUUGAUUACCCACCUCCUUCUCUCUCUCUUCAUCGCUGUUCUCGCUUCUUCUCUCUUUCUCUCUCCUCUAGAUCGCCGAUUUUCAGAAACUUCAAGAUGCCGUCGCGAAGGAGAACACUCCUGAAGGUCAUAAUUCUCGGAGACAGCGGAGUGGGGAAGACGUCUUUGAUGAACCAAUAUGUGAAUAAGAAGUUCAGCAAUCAAUACAAGGCCACAAUUGGUGCUGAUUUUUUGACUAAGGAAGUUCAGUUUGAUGACCGGCUUUUCACUUUACAGAUAUGGGAUACAGCUGGACAGGAAAGAUUCCAGAGCCUAGGCGUUGCUUUCUAUCGAGGUGCAGAUUGUUGCGUUCUUGUAUACGACGUCAACUCUAUGAAGUCAUUCGACAAUUUAAAUAACUGGAGAGAAGAGUUUCUCAUACAGGCUAGUCCUUCUGAUCCAGACAACUUCCCCUUUGUUGUCAUCGGAAACAAAAUUGAUGUUGAUGGUGGAAACAGUAGAGUGGUUCCUGAGAAAAAGGCUCGAGCCUGGUGUGCAUCAAAGGGGAAUAUUCCUUACUUCGAGACCUCAGCAAAGGAGGGCUUAAAUGUUGAAGAAGCUUUCCAGUGCAUAGCAAAAAAUGCUUUGAAGAGUGGUGAAGAAGAAGAGAUAUAUUUGCCGGAUACGAUCGAUGUUGGCAAUGGCAACCAGCAAAGGUCAACUGGAUGCGAGUGUUAAAGACCUGUAUGUCUGUAUCCCCCCUACCCUGAUUUCAUUAUUUUUAUUUAGAAGCUGUUGAAUAAGAUUUUUUGGAUUCAAAUGUAGUGCUUAUGGGUUCGCUUGGAUUUUCUUAGUUCAUACUGAAUGAAACAGUUCUGUA